AUGUCUGAAACUAAAAGCAAAAGGUAUGAAGAGGAAAAACGUAGGUUUAAAAGAAGUCGAGAGAUGAAAAGUUAUCAUAAUAAUUUCAAUUCAUGGGAACCGAUAGAAAAUUUACAAAAUUGCCCGGAGUUAUUAAGCGAAUUUGAAAAAUUUAGAGCGGCAAAAAAAGAUUCUACUCCAGAAUAUGAUGGAUAUGACGAUUCAGAUUCUGACGAACAACCACAUAUUCAGCGAGAAUUGAUCAUGAAAAGAAAGGAAUUAAGUACAUAUAAUCAGGCUUCUAGCUCAAAGAAAUCGGUGGACCAUCAAAGACGUGGCGAUAAAAUCUUCAAAGAUAAUCCAGUUGAUGAUAAAAAAAAAAAUAGGGUUUUUAAUAAAUCCGUUGAAUUCUCUACACACGAUGAAUAUGGUGAACCUUCUAAUAAAAUUAAAAAUAGAGAUUAUAAAUCGCCCGCAAUAAAAUAUAAAAAAAGUCGGAUUGCCAUUUCAUCAAAAGUGGAAAAUGACAUAUUCAAUAGUUCAUUAAUGAUGACAGAUUGUCUCAAAAAAGAAAAUAUUGAAACCUCAUCUAUCGGUUCUUCAUCUGGGAAUGCUCCGAAAAUGUCGGAACAAGAGUCGUCUGCUUUAUCUUAUAAGCCAUCAAAAUUUGCGUUAAUGUAUCAAGAUAAAAUACCCCCGUGCAGGCAUAAGCUCGCAUUAUCAAAGGAUCAAAAGACGAUUAGAAAAUUAGAUGAGCAAUCAAAUAUGUCAACGGCUUCUAUGGAUGAUCAUAAUCGAAAAGAGUUUGGGAAUCAGCCUGUGAAAAGAGAACAUAAAGAAUUAGCCAACUUGAUAUGUACUAAUGAUCAGCAUGAGCCUAUGUUAUCAGUACCAGUGAGGGACGACCAUAAUUGGUGUGGACGAUUGUAUAAGAAAAUUGUCUCUGCAAAAAACGAUUAUAGCGAGAAAUUUAUUGGUGAGAUAACUCUUAAUAUGAUGAUUUUAUUUAAAAAGGACCCACAAUUCCUUCAAGAAAUACGACGAACGGAUAAACUUGUGAUUGAACGUGUUCAAUCACUGAAACUACUUGUUAAAGUAAUCGAGCAUGAUGCGGCGAGAGGUAAAGAAAAAGAUUCAAGCGAACCAUUUUACGCUAUCUACCUAGCGUCGGAACAUGAUGGAAAAAAAUCCGACCUUCACCUUGAAUCAAAAGAGCUUAGAAAAAAAGAUGAGAUGGCGGUAAUUUCGUUAAAUUCAUGGGUUCUAUUUUUGAUACCUCCCUAUUCUUCUUUGUGUACCCAACUUCGAAUUGAGCGUCCUACAGAACCUUUUAUCAUGUUACGCUAUAAAAAAGACAAAUUUCCUAUGAAUUAUUUAAUGCAAUGGUCUUCUGAAACUUUGUCGGACCUAGAAGAAUCAAAAUUUAUUUUAGUUGAAAAAAAUCAAAGUGACCAAAUAUUCGAUUUUAUGAUAUCUGUCGGUGCAAGGGAAACGACAAUUCUUGAUCCGCAUAUUGAUUGUAUACUGAUUUAUCAAAAAAACUUCAAAAAAACUCCUUCUCCCGGACUUAAUUAUAUGGAUUUGAGGUAUAAGCAGGGGGUUAAGUUCUAUCUAAUUGAAGAACCUGGAUUAAUUCCAAGUGAAAUUUUAGUUUCAGGUGGUAUUAUUGUAAUAACAGAAAGAGCUCUUUUGAAAUAUGAUCAGAUUUUAGGAAACAUGCAACGAUUUCUUAACCAUAAUCCAGGGUGGGAAUUAAAAAUUCCUACGUUAAUUCUUGAAAAACUGAAAAAGAAAUAUUUGACACAAUAUAAUUCACAUUAUUAUAUGCUUGGAAGAUUAUGUGAUGAAAUGUCUUCUUUAAUCAAUGAAUGUGUUUCAGUUAAAUAUCUACUAGCGGAUGAAAUUAAGGAUGAGGAGACUGUUGAUAUGAACGAAUACUGUUAUUCUUCAAUGAACAUUCUAUUUAAUAAGUAUUACAAAAGUUAUAGACAUUUUAUUAUUAUUGAUGAUCAAAAGUAUUCAUUGGAAAUGACAACCGUAUAUGGGGUUGAAAUAAUGACUCUGGAUAAAUUUGAACAACAAAUUUUUCACAUAUGUAAUUAA